UUUGAUACAGUUCUCUACUCUGACAUCUGGUGGUCAAUAAAAAUUCUUACACAGAAUGUGCCAUUCAGAUGUUUUGUUGAUUGUGGUGUCAUUGGGCCUCAUUUAUCAAACGAUCGUACGACAAAAAACUGUGCGUACGAUCGUUUCUACGCAAAAUGUGUGAUUUAUCAAUAUGAACGUUUGCGGUGGCUACGAUCAAAUCUCACGUCAGCUCUGAGUUCGUUUUGACAUGUGGUUGAGCGCGUGUAAGCGCGUUACCCGUUUGAUAACUGAAGUUAAUAAUAAUAAAUAAAAUAUUAUUUUGUAUAAAAAGUGGUUUGGAUGUGAUUUCCUAUUUCCAUGGAGAGCUUGUUUUCUAUUCAAUAUGCAUAUUUAUUUAAUCAAUUAAUUGUUUUAAGUGUUUAACUAUAAUCUAACUAAUCAAUACAAUUACAAGCAUCUGGUAAAUUUGCAAAUUUGCAAGGUAAUUAACUACUUCUGAAAACUAUUUCAACAACACUUUCUGACCAUCAAUAAACAUAUAGGCCUAGAUAAUGGCAGAUCUGGCUCUAUUAGAGGACAUGCACGCGGCCCUAAGACGCGAACGGGUUUUUCUGGACCGCAGGGAUCUUUUAAUGGAAAGUGAUGAGUGGCUUUUAAGUCGCUUUCGUCUCCCAAGGCAUCUCCUUGUUCAACUGUGUGAAGAUCUGGAACCUCAGUUAAGAAGAGAAACCCGGCGUUCACAUGCCAUUCCUGUGCCUGUAAUGGUGCUUUCAACGUUAGGGUUUUUGGCUACCGGGACCUUUCAGCGGGAGAUAAGUGACAGAUCUGGAAUUUCACAGCCAACAUUUAGCAGAACCCUGCCAGCAGUGUUGGCAGCUAUUAAAUCACUUUCUCGUCGAUAUAUUCAAUUUCCCUUUGAUGAUGGUCAGCAGUCUAUUAUUAAAAGAGAAUUUUACAGAAUUGCGGAGUAUCCUAAUGUGGUUGGUGCAAUUGACUGUACGCACGUGCGGAUAAAAGCACCGUCCACGAAUGACUAUGCAUUUAUAAACCGCAAAAACUACCAUUCCAUCAAUGUACAAAUAAUUUGUGAUGCCAAACUGACCAUCCUUAACAUGGUGGCCCGGUGGCCAGGCGGCACACACGAUUCCUUUAUUUUACAGAACAGCAGUGUUGGCAUCAAGUUACGGGACGGCGCACUGCAGGGACGUAGUCAUUUACUUGGAGAUAAAGGUUAUCCCCUCACGGAAUACCUGGUUACCCCACUGGCAAACCCUGCAACAGAACAGGAACGCAGGUUCAACACUGCGCACAUACGCACACGAUCCACAGUAGAGCGCUGCAUUGGACUGCUUAAAGGCAGAUGGCUCUGUCUUGGUUCCGCGGGGGGAGCGCUACUGUACUCACCACAGAAAAGCUGCGACAUAAUCCUUGCCAGUGGGGUUCUACACAACAUCGCUCAGGGUAACGGGGUACCAGAUGAUGUUCAGAUGCUGCUGGAGGAGCGAAUGCCUAGAGAGCCAUGGCUAGCACAACCGCAUAUGAGGGCAGUACAGAGACGCCAGGAACUCGUUGAUCGUUUCUAAAUGCAAUUUUGUUUAAGUACUCAUUCAUU